AUGGCGACAGACAAUACACAUACCGAGAAGGAAGACAGAAUGAACAUGGCGCUUUUUACAGCGGUGAAGGAAGGCGAUCUUGUAAAGACAAGGUCUAUUCUAGAAGACGAGACAGGUGAUGCCAAGCUAGUCAUACUGCACAGUGUGGAUCCUGAUGGAAAUACAUCCCUCCACAUUGCUUCAGAAGAAGGGCAUAUUGACCUCGUGACCUAUUUGAUUGAUUUAGGGGCGGAUCUAGAAAAGCGAAAUAGAAGCGGUGACUCCCCUCUUCACUACGCGUCUCGGAGUGGUCACCAGGAUGUUGUUCAAUAUCUCAUCGGUAAAGGAGCAGAUAUCAAUAUUGGUGAUAGCAAUGGCUAUACACCUAUCUAUCUUGCUUCCGAGAAGGGUAAUUUUGGUGUUGUUGAAUGUUUAGUCAAUUCUGGAGCAGAUGUAAACAAAGCUUCAUAUAAUGGUUCUACACCCAUUUAUACUUCAGCAAGUAAGGGUCACCUUGAUGUUGUGAAAUAUCUCUUAACUAAAGGAGUCGAAAUUGACAGAGAUAGUGGUGGUGGCUAUACACGUCUAUAUAGCGCUUUACAGGAGGGACAUCUCGCCUUAGAUAAAUUUCUGGUAGAUGCAGGAGCAGAUGUGAACCGAUUGAUAUAUGAUGACUCGCCACUUCAUGCCGCAUCAGAAAAUGGUUAUCUGGACGUUGUUAAAUGUCUCAUCAGUGAAGGAGCUGAAAUUGACAGAGAUGGCGAUGAUGGCUAUACACCUUUGCAUCUCGCCUCACUGGAGGGUCACCUUACUGUUGUUGAAUGUCUGGUAGAUGCAGGAGCAGAUGUAAAUACGAAAGCAAAAAAUGAAUGGACCCCUAUGUAUGCAGCAUCUAAUAAAGGUCAUCUAGACAUAGUGAAGUAUCUGAUUACAAGAGGAGCAGAUAUUGAUAGGAGAGGUUAUAAUGGAAAGACGCCCCUAGGUGUCGCAUCAAUUUAUGGCCAUCUUGCAGUUGUCAAGUAUCUGACCAGUCAAAGAGCAGAUAAAGACAUGGGCGAUAACGAUGGCUGUACACCUCUAUAUGCUGCUUCUCAGAAGGGUCAUUACGAUGUUGUACAAUAUCUAGUGAACGAAGGAGCAGAGGUAAACAAAGCAGCAAAUGAUGGUUCUACACCUCUGUAUGCAGCAUCUCAUAAAGGUCAUCUAGACAUAGUGAAGUAUCUGAUUAACAAAGGAGCAGAUAUUGAUAGUCGAGGUCCAAACUGUAAAACGCCUCUUGGUAUCGCUUCAUUAUGUGGCCAUCUUGCAGUUGUCAAGUACCUUAUCACUCAACGAGCAGAUAAAGACAUGGGUAAUACCGAUGGCUAUACACCGCUAUACGGUGCUUCACAGGAGGGUCACCAUGAUGUUGUACAAUAUCUAGUGAACGAAGGAGCAGAGGUGAACAAAGCAGCAAAUGAUGGUGAUCUAUCCCUCCAUGCUGCCGCUCGUCCGGGUCAUCUAGACAUAUUGAAGUUUCUGACGAACAGAGGAGCAGAUAUUAACAGGAGAGGUUAUAACGGAGAGACGCCCCUAGGUGUCGCAUCAUUCCGUGGCCAUCUUGCAGCUGUCAAGUAUCUUAUCAGUCAACGAGCAGAUAAAGACGCGGGUGAUAAAAGUGGCUAUACACCUCUACAUGAUGCUUCACAGGAGGGUUAUCACGAUGUUGUACAAUAUCUAGUGAACGAAGGAGCAGAGGUGAACAAAGCCACAAAGCAUGGUUCUACACCUCUGCAUGCCGCAUCUCAAAACGGUCAUCUAGACAUAGUGAAGUAUCUGAUUAACAAAGGAGCAGAUAUUGAUAGUCGACGUCCAAACUGUAAAACGCCUCUUGGUAUCGCUUCAUUAUGUGGCCAUCUUGCAGCUGUCAAGUAUCUUAUCAGUCAACGAGCAGAUAAAGACGCGGGUGAUAAAAGUGGCUAUACACCUCUACAUGAUGCUUCACAGGAGGGUCAUCACGAUGUUGUACAAUAUCUAGUGAACGAAGGAGCAGAGGUGAACAAAGCCACAAAGCGUGGUUCUACACCUCUGCAUGUCGCAUCUCAUAAAGGUCAUCUAGACAUAGUGAAGUAUCUGAUUAACAAAGGAGCGGAUAUUGAUAGGAAAGGUUGUCACGGUAUAACGCCUCUCCGUGCCGCAUCAUACUGUGGUCACAUUGAAGUUGUCAAGUUUCUCAUCAGUCAAGGAGCAGAUAAAGACAUGGGUGAUAACGAUGGAUGUACACCUUUAUUUGCUGCUUCACAUGCUGGUCAUCACGAUGUUGUACAAUAUCUAGUGAACAAAGGAGCAGAGGUGAAUAAAGCAGCAAAUGAUGGUGAUCUAUCCCUCCAUGCUGCCGCUCGUAUGGGUCAUCUUGACGUUAUAGAAUAUCUUAUUACGAAAGGAGCAAAUAUCGAGGCACAUAAUAUUUACGGUUGGACAGCUUUUCAUUGUUUGGCAGAUAAUGGUCAUUUCGAAUGUUUGAAACAUUUCUUGAGAAAUAACUCCAGCGGUUCAUCGGGAUAUAGUCUCAUCGCUCUUAAAGUUGGACUUCAGACCUUAGAAGGUGUCACGUCACUUAUGGUUGCCGCAAGGGGAGGACAUCUGGACUGUGUACGUCUGCUGCUCGAAAACAAUGCAGGUAUUGAGGAAAAAGAUGCAGAGGGAUGGACAGUCCUCCAUUAUGCUGCAACAAGGUGA